AUGACGUUUGCUGAACAAGUCGCAAAGCGUCAUAUUGCCCUCCUCCCCAGCCCCGGGAUAGGCCACCUGAUCCCUCUCUUGGAGUUCGCCAAACACCUCGUCGUUAACCAAAACGUCCACGUCAGCUUCCUUGUCAUCAGCUCCGGCGAAGUCUCGGCGAUUCAAGACCAGCUCCUCCACGACUCCACCCUCCCACCCGACCUCCAUGUCAUUCAUCUCCCGCAAGUCAACAUCUCUCCAUCUCUCGACGAGAACACAAGCCUAAUCACCCAACUCUCUCGUAUCUGCCAAGAAUCUCUCAAGCACCUCAGUAAAACUCUCGAAUUAAACCUCCCGAAAGCCCUCGUAAUUGAUAUGUUUACCACAGAUGCGAUCCCGGUUUGCAAAGACUUGGGCGUUCCGGUGUACUCUUUUUUUACCUGCAGUACUAAAGCGCUUGCUUGGGCUUUCUACGUCUCCCGAUUUAAGAAGGAAUGCGGUCGCGAUGUCCCGGGCUGUGCAUCAUUAGGAAUAGAUGAAUUGCCGGGUGCAUUUUUGAAUAUGGGUGACGAGGACAUGCGCCAUUUCACUAGAUUAACCAUGGUUUCUGGGAUUUUUGUCAACACAUGGGAAGAUUUAGAAUCCAAAUCCAGUUGGCUAAACGGGAUUAAAAACGACCCGUUUUAUAAGACCCUGCCAGCUCCCCCAGUUUACCCGGUGGGGCCGUUGAUCAAGCGAGACGAAGCGGUGGCCAAAUCUCACGAUUACAUCGUUUCGUGGCUGGAUAAUCAAUCGCCUAAUUCUGUGCUUCUGGUGUCGCUUGGUAGUGGUGGCACAUUGACAAGUGAGCAAAUGAGGGAGCUAGCUUUGGGCUUGGAAAUGAGCAAGCAAAAGUUCGUUUGGGUUGUGCGGAAGCCCAACGACUUCACCUCCUCCGGCACCUUUUUCAACGCGGGCCGCGACGAGGAUGACCCGUUAUCUUACCUGCCGGAAGGGUUCGUCGAGAGGACAGCUGGAGCAGGCCUGGUGGUGCCGUCAUGGGCCCCGCAGGUAGCGAUACUCCGCCAUGAGGCGACAGGAGGUUUUUUGUCCCACUGUGGAUGGAACUCCACGUUGGAAAGCCUUGUGCAUGGAAUUCCGAUGAUUGCAUGGCCUCUGUAUGCGGAACAGAAGAUGAAUGCCGCCUCGUUAAUUAAGGAGAUUGAGAUAGCGGUGAAGCCAUCUGCGGUGGAUGCUGACGCAGGAGGAAAGAGUGUUGUGAAGAGGGAAGAGGUGGAGAGGGUGGUCAGAUUGUUGAUGGAAAGCGAACAAGGUAAGUUGAUGAGGGUCAAGGCUAAUGAGCUUAAAGAAACUGCAGCGAAAGCAAUGAAACCUGGAGGCUCUUCUUAUGAAUUGGUUUCGUCGAUUGUCAAGUCUUGGAACUAA